AUGGAGGGGUUAUUUCAAAGAAAGCAUAACCAAUUGUCAAAUGAAGAAGCGGUUAUGGUUGAAAAAAACAAAAAAGAAAUAGCGUCUCGUAUUACACACGUGAUUGAUUGUGAAGCGUAUACAUGUAAGAAAAAAACAUUUCUUCGUGAAAUAUCGGUCUAUCGGGUAAAGACAGGCGAGUGUUCCUCGUUUCAAGUGUUUAUGCCGUUUUUACCGUUUAAUGAACGCGACUAUACAAUUGACUAUCAAAUAAAGAAAAUUCACGGUCUACCGAUUGUACAUAGACGUUUAACGGAUGAUUUUUAUACACUGAAAGAAUCAACAGCAUUUUUAACAGAUGAAUUUAUGUGCAAGGCGGAUCUAGUGGCUUACAAGGGUGGCGAUAUUGAACGUAUUUUGUUAAAUAAUAUGGGUGUGCGUUGUAUUAAUCUUGAAAUAUUGACAUGUCCAAAAUACAUAGAUCUGUUGACCAUAUUUGGUCAACAGCAAGAAUGUUGCCCCUAUCACCUGGGUAACCAUUAUCAUUGUUCAAAACAUGGGGUAAAAAUGUUUGCCGAAUUUGUGUAUUCGCUAUUGUGACGAUGUCGGUUGUAUUAGAUGCAUUAUCGUAUCUUUUAUUGAGACAACCCUAUAAUCCGAUUUUAUGGGAGUUGUAUUCGACCUGUACGUAUUUACGAUGGUAUAAACCCUUAUUGAAUGUUAAAGACAGAAAAAUAAACAAUUAUGUUAAAGUGAAAAAGUUUUGGUUGAAAGGUGGUUUUGAGACCGUACGCGAUUUCAUCGCCGUAGAUGAUAAAACGGAUGCGGUAGAAGAGGUUCGCAGCGACAAUCCCAAUACACCCGAUCUUAUGCGUACCAAAUCUCCGCGUAUGGCUGUCGUUGCCGUCGAUAGUGCAGCGGGGAAACAAUUCUAUAGCAUACCAGUGGAAUGGAUUUCACGAUUCGCCAUUCGUGAGGAUGGUAUGUUUUUGCUGAAAUCGUUCGAGUUUUGCUGCCGUGAAGUUCUCGCACGUUCAACGACACAGUUGGUACGUUGUCAGUCUCUUACAGUAGUCGACAAAUAUCAUGUAGAUAAACAUUAUUUUCAUGUGGGUUGCGGGGACUGUGAUGCUGGUGAAAAUUCUCAGAUAGAAGUAUUUGCCGCUACACACAUGUAUGUGGGUCUAAAAAGUAUCAUGCACCAUUUUGACACCGGACUAUAUGUGAACAUGUCUGAAAUGCUGAUUGCUCUUGAGUGUAACGAGGAAGUAUUAACAUUUUAUCUUAAAGAAGUACUUUAUGAAGAAUCACACAUAGCCGUCAUAUAUACCCCUGUAUUAAAAAAGGGUACGUAUAUUCGUAAAUAUCUUGCACAUAUUGUAGUAUGUAAAAUGUGUAUACGUUAUCUUGAAGAUUUUUUAACCUUGUUAGACCAGAGUGUGGAAAAGCACCCCUUUUCUACAUAUGAUGAGUUGGAUUGCGACGGGUAUAACCGUCUCGGCAUUCCUGUGUUGAAAUAUAUAUUAGAUGCUGAUUUCGAUAGUUUAGCAGCGAAAGCAUAUUAUGGGGGUUAUAGAUGCGUUGCACUUAGAAGGACCCUGUAG